GUGAGGUCCUUUGAGAAACACCGCCCAGCCCCGGCCCCACGCCAGGACUGAGACCUUCCAGGCGCCUGUAGCUGCCGGAGACACCUCGCUCCCGACUGGCUCUGGGCCCCUUUGUGGAGCACGCCCUGGCCGUGGGCGGGCGGGUGCACACGUGUUGUGAGGGCCCUGCUCCUGGACAUCAUGACGGUGGCCGGCGUGCAGAAGCUGAUCAAGCGGCGCGGCCCGUACGAGACGAGCCCCGGCCUGCUGGACUACCUCACCAUGGACAUCUACGCCUUCCCCGCCGGGCACGCCAGCCGCGCCGCCAUGGUGUCCAAGUUCUUCCUCAGCCACCUGGUGCUGGCGGUGCCCCUGCGCGUGCUGCUGGUGCUCUGGGCCUUCUGCGUGGGCCUGUCACGUGUCAUGAUUGGCCGCCACCACGUCACGGACGUCAUCUCGGGCUUCGUCAUCGGCUACUUCCAGUUCCGCCUGGUGGAGCUGGUCUGGAUGUCCUCGAACACCUGCCAGAUGCUCAUCUCCGCCUGGUGAACCGCCUGCCUGCCGCAGCGCGGGGACGGGGACGGAGGGACGGGGUGGCCCGAGGAGGCAGGGUUGGCGGUGGGUGGGCGGGGCCGACCCGGGCGGCCCAGAGGUGGAGCCAGCCACCCCACCCUGUCUCCCCGUUUUGGCUGGAGGCUGGUGACCCAAGGCCGGCCCGCCCCGUGACUGUGACCGGCCCACCCCGUGGCUGUGACCGGCCCACCCCAUGGCUGUGACCAGGCCUCCUGCUCCGAGUCUCCUCUCUUUGCGGGCCGGGACCCACCCGUGGGGACAGCCUGAUUUAGCUUCUGCUCUGGAGAUAACCGGCCACAACCCAGAUGCUGGGAGGGGCCGAGCCGUGUCUUGUCCUUCCAUCGUCAUGACUGUUGGGUUUUAGGCUGUGCCCACCCCGCCACAGCACGACACCUGCCAACCAACCCCACCUACCGCCUGGCGCAGGUGCUGUGGCCGUUAGCUUAGGGCAGCGCUUUGCAAAGGGCGCCCUGCAGGACACCGCCUGCAAGAUGCUUCGGGGGGGAAAAGGGCUUUGUGGUCCAAUAUGUUUGGGGAGUGCUGCACACUCUGCCCCCAUUUUGGACAUUCACAAGGGCCGUUGUUGUCAUAAAGGCUCUGAUAAGUCCCGUAGGAAAGCUUCUUGCCGAGACUUGUUUAACCCAUGUUUCCUAAACUUAUUUGACCACAGAACCCUUUUCUUAAGGAACACCUACCAACCCCCAAGGAACCACCGUUUCCUCAAGCGCAUUUGGGGAGCUGCUGCCCAGGAGCCAAAGGGCCCAGGUGUGAGCUGGCCUCUCGUGGCACCUGGCCCAGGCCAGGAGAUCAGGUACACACGCCACAGCCCGUGGGCAUCGGUGCCGUUUGGGCCCCCAGAGGCUGGACUCAGUGUGACCUAAUAGGUCAUUUCCAAGUCAACUGUUCAUGGAUGUGCGUUUCAUGGGACAAUACAGGUGACAUGCAAACGGA